UUGGGCUGGAUCAUCUAGCCUAGCCCAUUGAUAAUUAUAUGGACAAGUCAGGUUGGAUAGGGUUUAACCCGAGCCCAACCCAUUUACUUAAAUGGGUCACAUUUUCUGAAACGGACCUUACUGACUACCCAUUUAGCUUUACCAAAACCUGCCUUGGAAGUGAGGUGGGCUGGUUACGGGAUGACUUGAGCCAUUGCCACCCCUAGCAAUAACAUGGAUGCUUGGUACUUCCCAUGCCUUCAGAGGUAUUGAAUCAGUACCAUUUGCAUAAUUCAUCCAACAACAAGGUUGAAAAUAUGUUUAUUUACAAAAGAAAGAUUGUUAAUCUUCUUCAAUGUCACAUUGCAUUUCAUUUCCCUAUUUUAUUUGCUUUGAAAUACAUUAAACUCUAUGGUCAGGCUCUUGUCUGCAUUUGCUACACCAUGUUAAUUGGCUGUCACUUAUCUACCAGCACACCAAUCCAGAUUGUCCACAUUGUGGGCCCUACCAUUGUGGGUGGAGCUCAGCUUAAAAAUCACACUGAGUGGACAAUCAUAAAUGCCCAAUUGGGGGCCAUCAAAUGGAUGGUUAAAAAGAAAAAAGUUUAGCAAUUUAAAUUUUAUGGGAAAAUUCAGGGGCUUAAGGACAUUGGAUCAGCGUUUGAUCACCAGCUUAUGCUCAGUUGGAUUUCUAGACAUGUAUGCCAUUAACACUGUUUGGCAAACACACAGUAGAAUGUUUCCCUACCUUUCUAUUUACACCUUGUGAAUUUGGAAUUCCUCUUUUCAGCAGGCUUUCUUCACUGAAAGAAAAAUGUAGAUGAAUUGGAAAACUGUAGAUGCGAAUCAAUGGAGAAUAACAUCAACAUCCUAGAAAAGAAUUUUGAAGAACAUGGUUGUGAUUGGAUCAGUGAAUUACCUGAUUCAUUGCUUCUUCACAUCCUAUCUUUCCUUCACAUGGAGGAUGUGCUCAGGACAAGCUUCUUGUCGAGAAGAUGGAGAUAUGUAUGGACAUCCAUCACUACGAUGGAUUUCAACUUCGGACCCUCUCAUGAGAGGAUCUUGAGACCUAUCGAAUACAGUACCACCUUUAUCGAUAAAUCAACAUCUCUCCAUAUUGGGGUUCGGUAUUUUCGUGUCCAUUUCGAUUCUCUAGAACUAGACCACUAUCCUCCGCAAGUUAGUUCAUGGAUCCAUUUUGCAGUUGACCAUAAUGUGGAGGAACUUGAUUUGGCCUUUGCUGGCGAAGGUAAUACAUUUGUAGAGGUUGAGGAUUAUGAUGAACGUAAGUUGACUCCGUUUAUGUUUAACUGUAGAUCGUUAAGGACGCUAUCAUUGACAUAUGUUGCUCUCGACCCACCUACUUCCACGAGUUUUAGCUCUCUCAAAACUCUUUAUCUCGCACGGAUUAUAUUGUCUGCUAACAAGAUAAAAAAUUUGACUUCCAAUUGUCCACUCUUGGAAGACAUUGUUGUCAAAGACUGCAGCUCUGCACAGAAUCUCGACAUCUUUGUUGAAAAUCGGCAGCUUCAUUGCUUAACAGUUAUGGACUCUGACCUUUAUCAUUUUUAUGAUGAUCAUGAUUAUGAUGACCUUUACAUUGCUUUUGGAAAUGGUUUUGAUGAUAUGGGAUAUAUGACUACUAAGAUUGAGAUUUAUGCCCCAAAUCUGUUGUCCUUGAAAUUAAUUGGGAACAAGCCGCGGAGAGAGUAUCGUAUAAAGAACUUACAGUCUCUUGUCGAGGCCAGCAUUGAUUAUGAGGAAGAACUUUAUAAUGGUUGCCAUGAGUGCUAUGAACACAACAUCAAUUCAUUGAAGGGACUUCUUGAAGAUCUUCGACAUGUUAAAGACCUUAAAUUAUGUAGUUGGUGUAUUCAGCUUCUAUCUUCAAGGGAGUUACAAUGUCUAGAUGCUUUAUACAUGAAUUCCACAAGUUUGGAUCUGAUGAAAGGAUUGAGUAAAUGGGAGCUCCCAGGGAUUGCCCACUUGCUAAAGAGUUGUUGUUCCCUUGAGACUCUUAUUCAACAUUUGGACAAGAAACCUCUAUUGGAGGGAUAAUUUUGCUGAGUCCACAUGCCAAUAAUGCUUUACAUUGGCCGAGCCAUGCAUCAGGUGGGCUCCAAUGUAACUCUGCCCAGAGAUCAGGCCUUGAUUCUUGUCGAACAUGCCCCUUGUGUAUGAAAACAAUGGUUAGCCAACCUUCUUCUGUAUGUAAUUCCUUUUAAUCCAUUAAUCUCUUACAGCCCCAUGAAUCAUCUAUAGAUGGGACAUGGAAGCUUCAACAUUAAUUUUGAGGGCUUGGCCUGUUGUCUAACAGCAAGAAGGGCAACAGGUCUUUUUAUUGAAGACUAGGUUGAUGCAUUGCCUCCUCAUAUGGGUCUAUUUUGGUUUUCUUCUAACACUGCAGAAGGUUGAUGUGGUGGAGAUUCAUACGCUUGAAAGCAUGUAAGGGUUUCCUAAAAUGACAUGCCUCUCCGCCCCUUUCCGUGUGCAUGUGAAUCCUAUUUUUGUAGGCCGGAAGCCAGGGCUCUCUCUUUAGGUGUGUUGUCAAUAGAGGGGGAAUAUAUGUGGGGAGAGUGACAAUUCUUUUAUCUGCCGAAAUUCUUUAGUGAGAGAUUCCUUAUACACUGAAAGAGUGGGAGGUAAGCUUGACGCCCUUGGUCUCUUGUUUUAGUGGAAGAAAUCUCUGUAUUGUGGCUCCGUGGACGUAGCUGAAUGGCCAAAUCAUGUAAAUCUUUGUAUCUCAUAUCUUGUUUUUCUCUUUUAACUUUUAGAUUUUGAUUUGGCUCUCCUUUUUUUUUUUUUGUUGUAAUUUUGCUUUGCUUGCAUCAAUCUUCUACAGGUUGUAUUUCUACAAAACAAUGCACAAAGCUCUUCAAUGGCUUUGUUUUUA